UGUUCCUCCCUACUGCAGUGGCUGAGUUGGUACAGCCCACCGGUAAAGCUGAGGCAGUGCUGUCAUUGAUUCAGUAGUAACACACCGAGCUGCUGAGAGGAGACGCUGAAGAAGGGGGAGAGACGAAACUGUCCUUAUGAGCCAAAGGAGUGCGAGUAGAUCCAGCUGAAGAAUAGAAAUAGGAAAGCAACUAGUCGUCUGUUCAGGUUGCUGGCACCUGUAAACCUUUUUUCCCCCCUCGCCGUCCCUGAUAUGACUCUUUUCAAGAGUGAACAUUGCAGCCCACAGUACAUGAGCAUGACCGGAGAGCUGAAAUCAAGCCGUUCGAAGACAGGAGGAGUCAAGAGGCUGAGCAGUGCUGUGUACGGAUCAGAGUACGAGCUGGACUACGACUGCUACCAGGAGGAACUGUAUGACAGGGUGUUUGAUUACCAGCGUGUCCCGUCGGCGAUGCCUGCGCUGCCCCACAGUUCCAGCCUGGCCAAGAAAGCACGCUCGUCUUCUUCCAGGCAGAGACGCAGCCGAGACCGCUCGUCCUCCAAGAGCUCCUCCAGACCCCACUCAUCCAGCAGAGCCAAGUUGAAAAUGGAGGAGCUGCAGACCAUAAAGCGAGAGUUGACGAUGAUAAAGGUUCAGAUUGAUGGCCUGCUUGACAGUCUGGACAGGAUGGACAGACAAAGGCAGGAGCACACAGGUUCUCCAUUUUCUCAUGGUGGAAGCUCAGGCGGUUCACCGUACCACCCAUCAACCAGCAGUCGAGAGGGAUCUCCCAGAACCCCCAGCCCACGCCGCUGUGCCCGGAGAGACACUCCUGAGCUGGGAGAGGCCAGCGACGACGAGCUGCACAUGACUGGUCUGCUGAGCGAUGUAGCAAGACAGAAGAGCCUCGCAUGCAGAAGAAGAGCCCACCUCUGUCUCCAUGCCGACAGCUCACGACACAGCACAUGCAGCAUAUACUGUAUAAAUAAUCUUGGGUCUCAUCAGUAAAGUUGGAAGUUGUGAGAUUUACAUUUAGUUUGUUCUUUAUAGCACGUACGUGUAUUGGCUGUCGAUCCUGUUUGUAGUGUCAGGUGUCCUUACAGGUUCUCCCGUUCUCCUUACGACUCCUAGAACUUUAUUAAAUUGUAUUGCGUGUCAUUUCAAUGUUGUUGCUUUUUUUUUAUUCUAGGAAUUUUAAAAGGUCUUUAUAAUUCUUCUGGCCAUUACUGCAUAUCCUGAUAAAUCAGCUUUUCAGCUAAGUGUUAAGCCUUUAUGUAAUGUCUCUACCACCUGCUUAAUGUGUGCAGGUUUAAUAUUUCUCAUUCUCAUGUUUAAUAAAAAAUGUAUCUUAGUGGUGCGAAUGUAAUGCAGUCGGAAAGGCAAACGGGAUUUCAGUUUAAAGUGUUUUAUUAGUAUUCCGUGGGAUGGACGAUACAAGCGGAUCACGUGACAAUGUGAACGGAAGGCAGCGAGCCACUGAUUCAAUAGCACCUCUAGUGAUGGAGGGAGAAUAGUGUAAAAGUGGAGCAUGGUUUGGGUUGACUGCCGUGACAAAGCAACGAUUUAGAGUCACAUUUAAGAGGCUACAAUAUUCCUGUCUUCUCUAGCUCUUCAUGCCGGGUUGCCAGGUCUGUGUGACAAAAAUAAGCCCAUCCAAAAAGAGCCCGAUAUCAUAGAACUCAAAAUCUACACUUCCCAAGCCUUGGACACUGCUCCAACAUCAUGAUGUUUAAAUAUGUGUUUAACAAAGAGGUAUUAAAACUGUUUCCCUAAUCCGCUGUCUCCUUAUUUACUAUUAGAUACGGUCAUAAAGCUACAGAAUAUAAUAUAAUAUCAUAAUACAUAAGAGCAUAAUAACACAUCAUGCAGUAAUGUAGCUCUGCAGCUCUCAAAGUUUAUUUAGCUUUUUUUUUAUUAAAUAGUGUUUAAUAACGUACAAUUUUUAAACUCUUAGCAGAUUUACUGGUUCUUUUAGAUUUUCUUUCUUUCUUCCUUUUUCCUUCCUUCCUUCAUUCACUCUACUUCCCUGAAUUCCUUUUGUCCUUCCUUCUUUCCUUCCUUCCUUCUCCCUACUUCCCUGCUUUCUUUCUUUCUUUCUUUCUUUCUCCUUCCUUCCUUCAUUCUCUCUACUUCCCUGAAUUCCUUUUGUCCUUCCUUCUUUCCUUCCUUCCUUCUCCCUACUUCCCUGCUUUCUUUCUUUCUUUCUUUCUCCUUCCUUCCUUCAUUCUCUCUACUUCCCUGAAUUCCUUUUGUCCUUCCUUCUUUCCUUCCUUCCUUCUCCCUACUUCCCUGCUUUCUUUCUUUCUUUCUUUCUUUCUUUCUCCUUCCUUCCUUCAUUCACUCUACUUCCCUGAAUUCCUUUUGUCCUUCCUUCUUCCCUUCCUUCCUUCUCCCUACUUCCCUGCUUUCUCUCUUUCUUUCUUUCUUUCUUUCUUUCUUCUUUCCUUCAUUCUCUCUACUUCCCUGAAUUCCUUUUGUCCUUCCUUCUUUCCUUCCUUCCUUCUCCCUACUUCCCUGCUUUCUCUCUUUCUUUCUUUCUUUCUUUCUUCUUUCCUUCAUUCUCUCUACUUCCCUGAAUUCUUUUUGUCCUUCCUUCUCCCUACUUCCCUGCUUUUUUCUUUCUUUCUUUCUUUCUUUCUUUCUCCUUCCUUCCUUCAUUCACUCUACUUCCCUGAAUUCCUUUUGUCCUUCCUUCUUUCCUUCCUUCCUUCUCCCUACUUCCCUGCUUUCUCUCUUUCUUUCUUUCUUUCUUUCUUCUUUCCUUCAUUCUCUCUACUUCCCUGAAUUCUUUUUGUCCUUCCUUCUCCCUACUUCCCUGCUUUUUUCUUUCUUUCUUUCUUUCUUUCUUUCUCCUUCCUUCCUUCAUUCACUCUACUUCCCUGAAUUCCUUUUGUCAUUCCUUCUUUCCUUCCUUCCUUCUCCCUACUUCCCUGCUUUCUCUCUUUCUUUCUUUCUUUCUUUCUUUCUUCUUUCCUUCAUUCUCUCUACUUCCCUGAAUUCCUUUUGUCCUUCCUUCUUUCCUUCCUUCCUUCUCCCUACUUCCCUGCUUUCUCUCUUUCUUUCUUUCUUUCUUUCUUCUUUCCUUCAUUCUCUCUACUUCCCUGAAUUCUUUUUGUCCUUCCUUCUCCCUACUUCCCUGCUUUUUUCUUUCUUUCUUUCUUUCUUUCUCCUUCCUUCCUUCAUUCACUCUACUUCCCUGAAUUCCUUUUGUCCUUCCUUCUUUCCUUCCUUCCUUCUCCCUACUUCCCUGCUUUCUCUCUUUCUUUCUUUCUUUCUUUCUUCUUUCCUUCAUUCUCUCUACUUCCCUGAAUUCUUUUUGUCCUUCCUUCUCCCUACUUCCCUGCUUUUUUCUUUCUUUCUUUCUUUCUUUCUUUCUUUCUUCCUUCCUUUCUCAUUCCUUCCUUCAUUCUUCCUACUUCCCUGCUUAUUUCUUUCUUUCUUUCUUUCCCCUUCCUUCCUUCAUUCUCUCUCCUUUCCUGAAUCCUUUUUGUCCUUCUUUCUUUCCUUCUCCUUACUGCCCUGCUUUCUUUCUUUCUUUAUUUCUCCACCCUUUCUUUCUUGUCCCCUUCCUUCCUCCUCCCUUCUUUCUUUCUUUCUUUCUUUCUUUCUCUGUCCUCCUCGCCCUUGUAGUUUGAGACCUGCUGAUGUAGCUAACAGAACUAGCACUGAUAAAGGGAUUAGGAGGGAAUAUGACUGCAGACCCCUCACCUGGCAGCUGCAGCAUAUUUUAGUUUAUUGAUAAUGAAUUCUAAUGUAGCUAAAACCCUAAACCUGCGGACAAAAAAAAAAAUCAACCCAAAAGUAACUGCAUUCUGCAAAGCAGCCAAAGACUUCAGUUAAAUAUCAUGAGUUACAGCCUGGAGAGCCUGCUCUUCUUCUGACAGCUCUGGUUAUAGUGUUAGGAUUAUACAAAGAAAAAGAAAAAGAAAAGAAAAGGAUAUAUUAUUAUUGCUCAUUACACCAUGAUCCUUUGUGUCUUCUGUGUCAGCUUGCGUGACAGUUGGGUGCAAAAGUUUGGGUUGAAAAAAGGAAAAUGUCUUACAGUUGAGCUACACAGCACAGAAGAAUUCCAACAAGUUCAAACUUUUAUGUGAGUGAAUAAAACACAAGGCAAAAUCGGUCAGGAAUAUUCUGCAAGCAGGCUUUAUUUUGCUGUAGGUUCAAUUAUUCAUUUUAUUCUAAAGGUGUGCAAACUUUUGCACUCAGCUGUAUCACAUCUGUGAUUUUACAUUUUGGAUAUUAUUGAUUAUUAUUUAAUCUGAAUGGGGGGGGGGGACUGGCCACAUGAACAUGAAUUUCUUUCCUUCUUUCUUUCCUUCUUUCUUUCCUUCUUUCUUUCUUUCUUUCUUUCUUUCUUUCUUCUGUCCUUCCUUCCUUCCUGCUCUCUAAAUCCCUGCUUUUCUUUCUUUCUUUCUUUCUUCUGUCCUUCCUUCCUUCCCUCUCCCUAAUUCCCUGCUUUCCUUUCUUUCUUUCUUUCUUUCUUCUGUCCUUCCUUCCUUCCCUCUCCCUAAUUCCCUGCUUUCCUUUCUUUCUUUCUUUCUUUCUUCUGUCCUUCCUUCCUUCCCUCUCCCUAAUUCCCUGCUUUCCUUUCUUUCUUUCUUUCUUUCUUUCUUUCUUUCUUUCUUUCUUCUGUCCUUCCUUCCUUCCCUCUCCCUAAUUCCCUGCUUUCCUUUCUUUCUUUCUUUCUUUCUUUCUUCUGUCCUUCCUUCCUUCCAUCUCCCUAAUUCCCUGCUUUCCUUUCUUUCUUUCUUUCUUUCUUUCUUUCUUCUGUCCUUCCUUCCUUCCCUCUCCCUAAUUCCCUGCUUUCCUUUCUUUCUUUCUUUCUUUCUUUCUUUCUUUCUUUCUUUCUUUCUUCUGUCCUUCCUUCCUUCCCUCUCCCUAAUUCCCUGCUUUCCUUUCUUCCUUUCUUUCUUUCUUUCUUUCUUUCUUCUGUCCUUCCUUCCUUCCCUCUCCCUAAUUCCCUGCUUUCCUUUCUUUCUUUCUUUCUUUCUUUCUUCUGUCCUUCCUUCCUUCCAUCUCCCUAAUUCCCUGCUUUCCUUUCUUUCUUUCUUUCUUUCUUUCUUCUGUCCUUCCUUCCUUCCCUCUCCCCAAUUCCCUGCUUUCCUUUCUUUCUUUCUUUCUUUCUUUCUUUCUUUCUUCUGUCCUUCCUUCCAUCCCUCUCCCUAAUUCCCUGCUUUCCUUUCUUUCUUUCUUUCUUUCUUUCUUUCUUCUUCCCUUCCUUCCUUCCCUCUCCCUAAUUUCUUUCUUUCUUUCUUUCUUUCUUUCUCCUCUCAUUCCUUCCUUCCCUCUCCCCAAUUCCCUGCUUUUCAUUUUUCUUUCUUUCUUUCUUUCAGUGUAUUUUACUCCUAAACUUCUCUCAUUCCAUGCUUACCCCUGUAGAGACACAGGCAUUUGAACUUCUUGUUAAUCUCUGAACGAGACACACUAACGGAUCCUCUUCUUCUGUGUACACGGCCCUUCAGCCUGAAAGUAACUGUGUGGGUCAGCGUGUAACAAUGUCUAAUAUUGUAAAACUUUGUUCCGUGUGUUUCUCGCUGUCUGAUUUUAUCUUGCUUUUUGUUUUUAAUCUUGGAAAAGAGAACAAAUAAAAGAAAUAUCGAGGACUCUU